AUGGGUUGUACAAUGUCACAAGAAGAGCGUGCCGCUCUCGAAAGAUCUCGAAUGAUUGAGAAGAAUUUGAAGGAAGAUGGAAUGCAGGCGGCCAAAGACAUUAAAUUACUCCUUCUCGGUGCUGGUGAAUCUGGAAAGUCUACUAUUGUUAAACAGAUGAAAAUUAUCCACGAGUCGGGAUUCACAGCAGAAGACUACAAACAGUACAAACCGGUCGUCUACAGUAACACGGUUCAGUCGUUGGUCGCUAUUCUACGAGCUAUGACCAAUUUAGGCGUUUCAUUUGGUUCUCCUGAAAGAGAGGUAGACGCAAAAUUAGUGAUGGACGUGGUGGCACGAAUGGAAGAUACAGAACCGUUCUCAGAAGAGCUGCUGAGUUCGAUGAAACGACUGUGGAGUGACGCAGGAGUACAAGACUGCUUUUCGAGGAGCAACGAGUAUCAAUUGAACGAUUCUGCUAAAUAUUUCCUUGACGAUUUGGAACGAUUAGGAGAGGCCUCAUACCAGCCAACAGAGCAAGAUAUCCUCAGAACUCGUGUCAAGACGACCGGUAUUGUUGAAGUGCACUUCACAUUCAAGAAUUUGAACUUUAAAUUAUUCGACGUCGGAGGUCAACGAUCGGAAAGGAAGAAGUGGAUUCACUGCUUCGAAGACGUCACCGCCAUCAUUUUCUGUGUUGCCAUGUCGGAGUACGAUCAAGUGUUGCAUGAGGAUGAGACGACGAACCGAAUGCACGAAUCGUUAAAACUGUUCGACUCGAUUUGUAACAAUAAGUGGUUUACCGAUACAUCGAUUAUUCUAUUUUUGAAUAAGAAGGAUUUGUUUGAGGAGAAGAUUAAGAAGAGCCCAUUGACGAUCUGCUUCCCAGAAUAUUCAGGAAGACAAGACUACCACGAAGCGUCUGCCUACAUCCAAGCGCAAUUCGAAGCGAAAAACAAGUCGGCGAACAAGGAGAUCUACUGUCACAUGACGUGCGCCACCGACACCACCAACAUUCAAUUCGUGUUCGACGCCGUCACCGACGUGAUUAUCGCCAACAAUCUACGUGGAUGCGGAUUGUACUAG